CGGUGUAAGAAAAAUGCAACGAUGAACGAGCUGUGGAAAAACAAAACCGUAGUAAAUAUGCAUGGUGGAUACCGUUGCUCCCUACCUUGGUUUUGGCCAUAUUAGUGAUGUGGGAGCUUUGGACACAGUAUUACCAGCUAUCAAGAUAUGUCCAAUCAAUUUUGCUUGGCUUAUUUUCACUGCUGGUGGCGAUGAUUCUCGCAUAUCUGACUGCAAAGUUGCUUUAUCCAGAAGGUUUAUUGGUUCUGCUCAUGUCUAUAGCCGGUGUUUCAAGUCUUCUUUUGUACACAUGGCAACCGCGCUAUUCCUUCUCUGGCGCCAAACCUUUACUAUGCACCCUGAUAGCCAUAUGCUCGACAUCGCCAUGGCUAAGGUCCAAAUUCGAAAUCGAUCCUCUGCAGAUUCUCUGGCCCAUUUUCUGGUCUGCUUUACUCAACAGCUAUCUUGUCCUCGAUCUGUACUACAUGAUGGGAGGCGUUACGGUGGAUGACUAUUUGCUGGUCAACCUUUUGCUAUUUAUUGAUAUUAUUUACCCAUUACGAUGUCUUCACCAUAUCUGCGAGCUCACUGAUAAUCUGGAAGUGUUCCCAGAUAUCUUCAAUCCUGAUUCUCAGUAAGUAUCUUUACCUCUGUAUUUUAGCGCAUGUAUUAUGUAAUACCACUAGCCAAUUCCUAUUUUUUUUUCUUCCCGUGAUUCCAAAAAACGAUACCUUGAUGUUCUCGCUCUCUUUUUUUUUUGGGGGGGGGGGUUUCCACCAAAGGAGCCCGCUUACCUCAUACAUGUCUUUUGUCUUGCGAAAAUGUACCAAAUAGAAAGUAUAAUAUAUUCUAGUAAAUACACGUUAUAUGAUCAAAUGUGUUUAUAUAU